UUAUAAGUACUGAUAGCUAUCUAAGCACUGGGACAUUUACCAUGACAGUGCGAGUGACUGAUCCAUGUGGCAGGAACAAUCAUCAGACGCUAACGAUACAGGUCCUCAACAUGCCCCCUGAAAUCCUCAACCUUCCUUCAUCUGUGGACAUUUCUGAAUCCUCUGAACAUGAAUCUCUUCUUUAUAAUCUGACAUUACGAGACCAAUCAGGAAACGAUACAGUCUGGUGUUCCCUAAACUACACGUCUCCAGCUGGGGCACCUUUUAUCGUAAAAUACAUAUCUGGAACCUCUGAUUUUGGUGUCUUUAACCUUGCCUCCCCAAACUUUGACUACGACAACACCUCUGUUUAUCAGGUGGUUGUAGAGUGUACAGAUUCCAAAGAUUCCAUUUCAGAAUCAUUAUUUGUUUACCUGACUAAAAAUGCAGAACCCGUGGUUCAUAAUUUACCAAAUGUAAUCACCAUCCCCAGCACAACAACAGUUGGGACGAUUGUGUUCACUGUCAACAGUACAGACAUGGAGAACGACCAGUUGGGAUACUCCCUUAACUACUGCACAGCUUGUCCUUUCACCAUCAGUCUCUCUGGACACGUAAUCCUUCAAACAAGCAUCAGAGACGCAGCCAAAUUUUCGUACAAUUUAUACAUUGUUGUAUCUGAUAAGUUUGGAUCAGUGGUAGACAAAUUGUUAACUAUAUUGGUCACAGGUGUUAACAGUGUGCCUGUUAUCAGUAACCUGGACCAGACGAUCAUUGUACCGGAAACCGUAGCUGUAGGAACCGUGAUCUUUACCGCUUUUGUGUCGGAUGCAGACGGCGAUCCUCUUAGUUACCAUUAUGAAUAUAAUCCAGUAGAAACUGCAUCUAAAUUCGCCAUGGAUGAAUCUACUGGUAAAAUAUCGGUAAUAGAGUCCCUGGACUAUGACGCUGGGGUUACCUCGUACAACUUUUCAUUUACUGUCAACGAUGGAAAAUCAUCAGCUUCUAAGGCUACGUUAACAAUAAACAUCCAAUCCAAGAACGAACCACCGGUGUUUGCUCUACAAGUGUACCACGUGACUCGUGGCGAGGGAAAUUCGAGCAGCACAUUCCCAGACCCAGGAUUUGCAGUCAGUGAUCCAGACACGGGAGACACAUGGAGUUACAGUAUAGCCAGUGGUGAUGAUAACGGUCGUUUCUGGAUGAACCCCAGCUCUGGAAUUCUACAGUUUAUGACGCAGUACAUCGUAGACAAACCGGAAUUAAUGUCACCCUUUGUAACCCUUAUAAUUGCUGCAGUCGAUCAGUUGGGAGCAAGUGGAACAACGACACUGUCGGUGACAAUCACGGACGAAAACAACCAGACACCGUAUUUUCCUAACAGCCAGUACCACGUGAGCGUGAUAUAUGACGUUCCUGUGCUAUCUUCCAUUGCUUACAUCACUGCCUUAGACAAUGAUUACGGACCAAUUUACAAUCAGAUUAGCUACUCCGUCAAACCAGAACUGGAUUACCAGUAUUUUGAUAUCAGUGGUAACGCACUGCUUACCACUGCCAAAUCCCUGAAGCAAUUCGAAAACAGCACCAAGUUAUAUACCGUCAUCAAAGCCACAGACAGAGGUAACAGAGAAUCAUCCGUGACCGUCACGGUCAACGUCCAGCAAGGAACCAGCAACACUUUCUUUGAUGACCCAGACACGGUGGCAUGGUUCGCCGCAGUGUUAGUGAUCUUGGUCAUUUUGCUGGGGGUGGCUGGCAUUUGUCUCUAUCGCUUCUGUAAAUACGGCUAUGUCUUCUCAAAGAAACAAUGGUGCAGCAAUUGUGGAAAGAAGAAGGUUCAUUCUCAUAAAGGGGAAAAUUAUGAAAAAAAUGAUGAUAGAAGAGAGUCUCGUAUAAGUAUCGUGGAGUACUCCGACGACUACGGCGGAAGUGACGCAUGGAUGCCCUCAAAGUUUGACAAGUGGAACCAAAUGGAGAAAACGAGAGCAUUACCGGCCAGCAUUGAUAUAUGAUCUGAACUUACUUUGCG